CAUCACACUCUGAUUGGUUGAUCUGUACUAGGUCACAGUUUGAAUGUGGCUGUAUUGACAGAAUCUGUCUGAGAUGGAUGAUACAUAUAAGUUCAUUGAUUGGUCGUCCACUAUGUCCAAUGUAAUUGUGUAUAACAGAAGAAUAAAAUAGGUCAAGUUGUUUUCUGUCAACAAAUCAUCGGACGUGUGUGGAUAUACUUGAUCGUUCUCUCCUUCACUAAACUAAUUCUGUUCAUAUGACUACUCCAUAUUAUGUUCGACAAUCUCAUCUAUCUUGGAUACCUGGUACUGCAGGAAAAGACCAACCAACAAAUGGAGUCGAAGCAGAUUCUCGUAUUUAUGUUGCUCGAGGUGAAGUAAAUGGACAUGUAAUACCAGGAAAAUUGCCUCUUAGAAUAGGCGCAGCUUUUAUACCUUGUGAUGGAAAAGAAUAUGGACUUUGUAAAUUUGAAAUUUUGUGUAACACAAACGUAUUUCCAAAUCAAUCAUUAUACAAUUGGAUUCCAGCAUCUGAUGGUAGAGUCCCAGCUGGUGCUUUAUUGGCUGGUUCAACCACUGAUGGUUUACCAUUAUAUGUUGCUCGUGCUUCCAUAAACAAUGAGAUGUGUGUGGGAAAAGUAAACUCUGAGUAUGAAUGUGCACUUAUGCCUUGGGGAAAUGUUGAACAUAAAGUAAAAGAAUAUGACGUUCUUUGUUUGAUUGAAUAAACCGGGAUAAGACAGGCAAAUUCCAUUAACAAAUUGAAAAUAUAUUCUGUAUAAUAAUGAUUAUAAUAAAUUGGCUAUUGAUUUUUUGA